UUGCGUUAAAACAAAGAUUCUAAUUUAAGUAUAAGAUCACUACAUAAAAAACUCUUACUACUAUAUAAUUUUAAGUCUCAUAUUCUUAUUUAAUUGAUGGGUUCUUCACCUUCAAAAAAGAAGAAGCAAAAUGAGAAAAAUGAUUUAAAUUAACAAUAAAUCAAACUAGAUCCUAAUUCAACUAAUAUAUAGCAAGCCGAACCAUCACCUAAAUCAACUUUUAAUAAUUCAUAAGCUGUAGAUUAAGAAAAAAACAUUGAUUAAUAAAGAAACAAUAAAUAGUAAAAAGUUUUUUAUGAUGCUUCACCUACUCAAGCUUAAAAAUUAGAAGACUAAGUCCCUAUCUAUAUAAAUGGAGAUUUGCAUAAAGUUUACUCUACCUAAAAGAGUAUUAAGCUUAAAGAUAAUGCAUAACUAAUCAUCAAUCAACCUUCUAUAAAUGAUACAAAUUAAAAAAUAGAAAAGCAAACAGAAAGUAGUAUUCAAAAUAAAUAGUAGGAAAAUAUAAAAUAAGCCAGCCCUGUUACAACCGUAAAUGUUUAAAUUAAGCCAAGAGAAAAAUCCUCAACUAUUUAAAGUAAUUAAGUUUUCUCAAAUAAAUCAGAAACUCCUUAAUCAUUAGAUUAAAUUUUAAAUCGAAACAGAAAUUAAACAGUUUAAGAGUCUAAAGAAUAUUAAUAAUAUUAAAAUACAAGUAAUUCAAUUUAAGUAGCAUCUCAGUCUGAUCUUAAUCUAGUUAAAUAUGAUCUUUUGAAGCUUGUUUAAGAAUUAAAAACUGGAGAUUUUUAGCUUUAAUAUGAUUAGACCUUAUAGGAUAAAAUUAUUGGAGGAAGUGGAGGAAAUUUUAUGGAAGGCAGCAUUCUUGAUUUUUUCAGUAUUAAUUAACCUAAGGUUGUCAAUGAAAAAAAAAUUUAAGAGCUGUAAGAUUAAAUUCGUUGUGAUACUGAUUUACUUGCCCUUAUCAAAUAAAAUUUUAAUUCUAAUCAUUGGAAAAAGUCAAUAAGUUUAUCACCUUAAGUUAAUAAAAAGCACUCUAUACUAAAUGGAAUUCCACUUAUUAGAAAGUGUGACAGCACGAAUAUAAAAGAUACAUUAGAAGCAGAAGAAAGCAUAGGAAUAGGAGACGAUUAUAAUUUGUCUCCAAUUUCAAGAAAAUAAUCUAUGUAAAUUACUAUAAAUACGUUUGGAGAUUUAGCAAUAUCUUCACUAGCUUAACUAGAAAAAAAUCAAGAUUAGGUCUCAAUAAUUUAAAACAGCAAUAGUGAUACUAGUAUGGAAUCUCCAAAAACUAACACUUAAUAAUUCGAUUCAAAUUAAAACUAAUAAUUUAGUAACGAAGAAAUUUAAAACAACAAGGAAAUCAGAUUAAUUUAAAAAAGGCAAAGUAGCAGUGUGAGAUUUAUGCUUCCUAAUAACAAUUUGGAGAAAAUAAAAGAAAGUGAUGAAAAGGAAGAAGAUAUGAAUACGAAAACUACUCAAAAUAAUAUUUCGCCUGAACUAAAAAGAAAUUUGUAUUCAAAAGAGAAGAAAACAAACACAAACUCUUCAUCUGGAAUUCUAAAAAGUGUAUCAUAAGAUAAAAGAGAAGAAAGUGAAAUGACUUUUUCAUAAUCAGAAGAGAGCAAAGAAGAUUAAAAAGAAGAUUUAAUAAAAGACUAUUUCGAUAAUUAAACUGAUAGCUUUAUUAUUAGUAAUUUUCCUGCUUCUAAUAAAAUAAGUAGUCGUAUUUCUGAAUAUUCGAGUAGCUUAAAGCCUAUUAAUACGAAAGAUUUACAGAGAACAAGUAUUUUUUUUAAUUAAUCUCCUUAAUAUACAGAUUCAGUUAAUGAAAAUAAAUAAAAUAACUCUAUGGAUGACUAAAACUCUCCUGCUAUUAUGUUAGAAAGAAAAUCUCCAUCAUCAUCAAAUAGUGAUAGAAAAAGUUUGUACCUUUAAAAGAGAUAAUCUGCUUAUGUUAAGUUAGACAAUCCUGAAAAAUCACCACCAAACCUAUUAAAAACAUCAGAAAAAUUAUAAGAUAAGUAAUACCUUCAACCUAACAAAUUUCUUCAUUCUAACACUCUUUAGCAGCCCUAAACACCUACUGGUGCUAACUCGUCAAAUAUCUCCAAUAAUAACUCUUAUAUUACCUAUUUUAACAAAAAUCCAGAAUAAUCUGUUUUAGAAACUUCUUAAGUUAAGAAAUAGGUAGAUGAAUAAGGAUAUAAAAAAAUUAAUCAAUAUACUUUGCUUUAAGAAAUAGGAAGAGGAGGCUUUGGAAAAGUAAAAUUAGCUACUUCUGAAAUUCCUACAGACAAAGGAGUUAUAAAAAAAUAAUUUGCUAUAAAAGUUUCAAACAAAUAAAAAUUAAAGAGAAAAUUGUUUAGCAUGAAAGUAAAUGCUUUUACUUUAUUAGAGAGAGAAGUAGCUAUUAUGAAAAAGAUAGAUCAUCCCUACUUGGUUAAACUGUAUGAAGUUAUUGAUGAUCCAGAUGAUGAUAAAAUAUAUAUGGUUAUGGAAUUUGUUUAAAAAGGAAGUAUUAUGUCUAAUACAUUUUGGAAAAAAGAUCUAUAGCAAAAUGAUCCUGAUUAGUAUGAAAAAAUAUUUGGGGGAGAUGAUGAUAUUGCUCAUAAUAAAAAAAAAUAGGAGAUGCUUCCUAAAAAACUCUCAGAAGAAAAGUGCAAAAAAUACUUUUAAUAGUUUGCUCUGGCCAUAGACUACAUGCAUAAUUUUGCUCAAAUUAUUCACAGGGACAUAAAACCUGAAAAUAUUCUUAUAGAUGAAGAAGAUAAUUUAAAAAUUGCAGAUUUUGGUGUAUCUCAUAUCAUGGAAACUAGUGAAGAUAGCAAGAUAAAUGAUAAUGCUGGAACCAAAACAUUUACUGCUCCUGAGGGUUGGAGUAGGAAUUUUAAAGGGAAGCCAUUAGAUAUGUGGGCUGCAGGAGCAACACUUUAUUAUAUGGCAACUGGAGAACUUCCUUUCUUUUCUAAAGAUCCUAAUAAACUUAAAAAUGCUAUUUUAAAUGAUGAAGUUAAAUUUCCUGAUGAUCUUAACCAUGAAUUAAUUGAUCUUUUAAAGAAAUUGCUAGAUAAAAAUCCAGAUACUAGAAUAACUGCUUCUGACAUGCUGGUUCAUCCUUGGCUUACUAAUGAUGGUCAAAUUUUGUUACAGAACAGUGAAAAUGCACAAAAAAAUAUUUAAAUUUCACUAAAAGAUUUAUAAGGGGCAUUUACUAAAAAAAUACAUUUAUCUACUUUAAUAAGAGUUAAGUUUAAGCUUAACCGUUAACUUACUCGAGCAAGGUCUUUUUUGCAUGCAAACUAGAGUAUUACCAAUAUUUUAAAUGAUAGUCUAAAUUAAGACAGAAUGAAUACUGACCCUAAUAACCAAUCACCUACUAAAUCUCUUCCAUAAAGUCCAUAAACAAGCCCUAAAGAUAAAGUACUUUCAUGA